AUGACCGACCAGAUUCCUGCACUCUCCGAGUCUCGCGUCGGCGCGUUGUCCAUUUGGGAUGCAGCCCAUGUGUUCGAAUACGCCACCUCCAGAUUCACUGCGAUCCAUAUCGCCCAGAUGACAAAGCAGAACCCAUCAAGCGCUUACCGGCAUUCAUUUAUUCAACACCUGAUUUGGGAAGUGGAUCGGUUUGUGACGCCGUUUGUCGGCAUGUGCGCAGCUAUGAAUAUCAAUACAAGUAUGCCGACAUAUCUCAGAAAUGUUCUCCGGCUUGCUGCUACCUACCAAACAGAAGGUGAUCGCGUCAAUCUCUUUGAGAACUUCCGGAACUGUCCACAUGACGAUGCUGGCGAUGCAAUAUCUGGCCAUCGCGUUGUUCCAAGAUACCGGCACUGUUGGUGGACGGCCGCAUUCCAUUAUUUGCCUAUGCAAAUGCCUCUGCGGUUCUCGGUAGCCGAGGUGAAGGACCUAACGGCUGAGCACUUCAAACAGCGGCCUGCCUUGGGGUUGAUGAUGCCUGAACCGAUCAUCCACCCGCGCAGUGAGGACCCGCUGCUUCAACAACUUCAAGUGCUCCGGACUGAAGUCGCCCGACUCGGUCUCGACCUUGGCCACCUCCUUCCGGUAGACGAGGUCCGUGAUGCAAUGGCAGCGUCCCAUGCGGCCGUGGCCUUAUUGGAGCAGGAUUACAACAAUGGUCGGAUAGGAACAUCCCCUCGUGGAGAUCCAUUCCCUGAGUUACAUCCCUUUCCUAUCUCCGGCAUCUAUGAAAAUGUUACAACUGGGAUGACACGCGCCGUUCCUAUACCCCGGAUGCCUCGUGUUUGCUAUUAA